AUCAGAAUGAGUUAUGCAGAAAAACCUGAUGAAAUCACGAAAGAUGAGUGGAUGGAAAAGCUCAAUAACUUGCACGUUCAGCGAGCAGACAUGAAUCGUCUCAUCAUGAACUACCUGGUCACAGAGGGCUUUAAGGAAGCAGCGGAGAAGUUUCGAAUGGAAUCUGGGAUUGAACCCAGCGUAGAUCUAGAAACACUUGAUGAGCGAAUCAAGAUCCGGGAGAUGAUACUGAAAGGCCGGAUCCAGGAGGCCGUCGCACUGAUCAACAGUCUCCACCCGGAGCUCCUGGACACAAACCGGUACCUUUACUUUCAUUUGCAGCAACAGCAUUUGAUUGAGCUGAUCCGCCAGCGUGAGACAGAGGCGGCACUGGAGUUCGCCCAAACACAGCUGGCGGAGCAGGGUGAGGAGAGCAGAGAAUGCCUCACGGAGAUGGAGCGCACUCUGGCCCUGCUGGCCUUUGACAGCCCUGAAGAGUCGCCCUUCGGAGACCUCCUCCACAUGAUGCAGAGGCAGAAGGUGUGGAGUGAAGUCAACCAGGCGGUCCUGGACUAUGAGAACCGUGAGUCAACGCCCAAGCUCGCAAAAUUGCUGAAACUGCUGCUUUGGGCUCAGAGCGAGCUGGACCAGAAGAAAGUGAAGUACCCCAAAAUGACAGACCUCAGCAAGGGCGUGAUUGAGGAGCCCAAGUAGGCUGUAUGGGCAGACCCAGCAUGUCCCUGUGGCCCGGGCUCGCCUCCAUCAGUCUACGACUGGAAGAUUUUUACUGCAGUAGAGAACUCUUUUUCUCCCCUCGUGCUUUUUUUUUGACCUGGCAUCUUUUUUAAAGAGAAAAAUGGCCCUUUUAAGCGCUGGAAAAUGUGUGGCGAAAGACACCGUCUGUGUGGAAGCCUGACACAGACUGCACGCCGCGGUGCCUGCUUUAGAGCUGGGCAGCUGUGGUUUGCCCUCCAGCACUCUCAGAACUGUGGCUGCUGAGGACUCUGCCUGCCGCUGAGCGCUGCAUCUUUAGGGACAUCGGGUAAGCUUAAGGCCUCCUGCUUCGAAGUAUAUGAAAAGCACUGAUGACAAUUUUGCUUUCUGUUAGCUCGUAGGCAGACAGCAUGUGUUCUUAACUCUCCUGGGUCUUGUCAGGCCUUCAUCUACAGGUUUUUCCUUACACCUUUGGUUCUUUGCUUUUUCUUUUUUCCGAUAGGAAAAAAUAUAUAGAUUUGUAAAUCCUAAUUCAAAGAUGACUUUUGUGUGAGGGUAUCGAGUUUGAUUUCUUUUUCCCUUUCAUCUGGGUUGUGUGGAUUUUGGGGAGAUGUGUGUGUGAGGGGUGGGGCUAUGUGGUUUUUAAUUUUUUAAAUAUAUAUUUUGGUGCUUUAUGUGAUAAGAGACUCAUUCAUAGUGGAUCAAUGAACCAUCUCUUCUGGGCAGUUUUGUUGAAAAUAAAGGUUUCUCUUUAAUUUCAAGAAUGAUCAAAAUGGCCUCUAAAAAGUUUUAAUCAUCUCAAGCAGCCUUUGUUGUCAGGGCUGACUUUCCCCUGUGGUAAUGGCAGUGGCAUCGGCUAGCACCUGAAGCUGAAGACUGUGGUGCCCAGCCCUGUGCUCAGGGAGCGGCCUUCGUGAGAGCAAGGCAACCCUGGUGCUGAUGCAGACGGCGUGGCCUGGCAGGAAGAACGCAUGUCCAGCCCCAGUGAUCUGCACUUCAGCAUCUCAGAGCAGCUUCUCAUCUUUUAUUUCAUCGUCAGCCAGUUCUGCAGAUGUCCUGCUCUGCUCCCUCACAGAUUGUCGUCUGCUCAGUGGAGUGCAGGAGGGAAAUGGCCUGACCCGGGAUGGUGUGGUCAGUGCAGUUGGUGGGUGUGUGCCUAUGUAGCCCAGAACACGAUGUGCGUUUGGAUUCGCUGCAGUGGACCACCUGGAGCUGAGUAUCUGUGCCUAAGCAGGGAUGAAAGUCGUGUUGUGGAUAGCCGCAGAAUUCCCAACACAUCAGAGCGGGUCUUGUGGACACGUGGUGACGGUGCGGGCGCCGUCCUCAGAUGUGGGAUGCUGUUAGUGCUGACUUGGAGGACCUGCUCGCCUUACUCUUAAGCAGCAAGAGGUACCUUGACAAGAGAGGUCAGGCUGGGGCAUGAUCGCCAGCUUACCAGCACCCACGUGGCCGGGGCUGCCUCUCCUGGGCUGUCUGCUGAUCCUGGAGCAUCUGCUGUCUUGUCCUCUCCACUCGUUGCUUUCCUCUCUCACUUGGACCCUGGUGGGGUCGUGUUUCCAAGCUCUCUACUUCCACUUUCCGUGGUAGGAGCUUUUGGCAGUACUUAUUUUUACUUACAUUGUUUAUGUAAUUUAGCAACAGAUGCAAAGAUAAAACUUGCAUUGAUUAUAAAACCAUUCUAGCCUCCAGACUGACCCUUCGUGUAGCCCUUUUGAUUUUGUGAGGAUGAUGUACCCGGGCAGGGGUCUUCCCCUUACCUCCUAGAAAUGGUGUUUCGACUCUACUCCUGCUGUCUCAGUAGUCUUCAGAUGUUACUUUUUUUAGGAUUAUUUCCUCUGGGGUUUGAGAAUAAUAAUAAGUUAGAGCAAAAAAGUUUUAAUCUUCAGGUAAUUGAUAGGUUAAAUAUAGCAGAAUCUGGAAGAAAAACUAGGUAGAGAUAAAACUACAUUUUUUGAAAAGCACCAGAUAAUUCAGCAUAUUCCUAAUUAUCUUGUUAGUGUAUAUAAGACCUCUUACGUGAAUAAUUAGUAUGUAAUCAAUCUGACAUGUUCUCAAGGUCAGAGGGCGUGCGAUGUGUAGUGAGGGAAAGCUCGUCUGCAGGGGUCAUAUGCACAGACUAUCAGGACAGGAUGGGGUUCAUCACAUGCAUGAAACGUUACGAUGUGGUUAUAAGACGAAGUGUUGGUAUAUUAUGUACCAGUUCAACCAGUGUGUAGCUUGGUAAGCCAGUGCUAAAAUCCAGUAUGGGCUAAAUGUUAGACUCAAAUUUCAGAUAUUGUUUUCUCUACCUUUGUUUAAGAGCCAGACUGACUUCUCCCAUGGUUGUUAAUGGACUGGAGUCUCCUGAGGAAGUGCUCCUUAAAUUUGUCCUGUUUGCCACCUCUUUGCAGUCUCUUUUUGCAGCCAGCGAACAAAAGCAAGCAAGCAAGCCACUUUGGAUAAUGAACGUUCAGUAUAAUUCAGUUUUUCUACUUGGUCUCACUUGGAUCUCACUGUUGUGUUUAUUAAAAUGUAGUUACGUUUUA